UCUAUCAGUUACGGCUACCAAUCGCUCCGCCCUUCUCCUCUCCUCUCUUCUCAGCGGCAGUCACCAGCGCCGCCGCCGCCGCCGCCGCCCCCGGACGCGAGCUCCUCCACCGGCGUCUGUCCCGAGGCAUGACCGGUGCUGCCCCCGCCCUCCUCCAUCACCACGGAGUUUCAAGCAGAGGAACAUUACCUGUCUAUCAUGGCAAUUGCAGAUUCGUCCCAGGAUCUUGUUUCCUCAGCAAAUCAACUAUUUUGGGACCAUUGACUGUGUCUUUGGUUUGUGGUGCUAGCCCCAACAACCAUAGACCAAGGAAUCCAGAUAUCUCACGACAACAGAAGAGGGGUUCUUCAUCAAGGGGGAAAAGCAAGCCAUUCCAAGAAAGGGACGACUCUGAGAAUAAUGAUGAAUUUGAUAGUGAUACAGUAACCUCCAAAAAUGGACCACCUAUAUCUUUGACAAGCAACACACGUCCCCAUGCAACAUCAGCUCCAGGGGAAAGGGAAAAGGAGAUUGUAGAGCUAUUUAAAAGGGUACAAGCACAACUGCGAGCGAGGGGAAAAGGCAGGGAGGACAAGAAGCCUGAACCUGCAAAAUCCCAGGGUGAGAGGGGAAGUGUGGAUUCCCUUCUUAAUCUGCUCAGGAAACACUCGGUGGACCAAAAACGGAAGAGCAGCGAUGAGAAAGAGCAGAAUUUUGAUCAGACAUGGAGAAGCAGUGAUUCUGGAAACAAGCAAAGUUCAAGGAUAUUUGGCAUGAAGAACGACGCCCAGGAAGGGCAGAAGCCACCUCCUGCAACCUUCCAGAGACCGCCUUCAAGCUUCAGGCGAAGAUCUCCUGUCCCUGGGGUUAAGUUCCAGCUUGUUACCAAUCCAGAUGCUGGUGCCAAGCCUGUCGUCAAUGGCAUGACCGAUGCUGUGCUGGAAGCCAAGACGCCACUGGAGGAGGAGACUGCUCAAGAUGAACCUGAUUCAGCCUCCCCGUACGAACCCGACUCUGUGAUAGCACCAGAAGAUGCAUCUCUGGACGACUUUGUUGUCUCAGACGAUGAAUCAGACGUGCUAGAUACCGAUGAGUAUCUGGAACCAUUCGAUAAUGCUGAUGAUGUUACAGAUAGCAUCCCAUCCCAUGAUGACAGUCUGGAAGGUAGUCCUUCCGUGGAAGCUUCCGACCUGAGCUCGCUCAAGGUCACGGAGCUGAGGGAGCUGGCGAAAUCUCGGGGACUCAGGGGCUACUCGAAGAUGAAGAAGAGCGACCUGGUCGCACUACUGAGCGACGUGUCCUGAUCCGUCGGUGGUGGCAAUCCUGCUUGACGAGCCCACCGUUUUGCUUCCCUUCUGCCAUGGCCAUGUGCACGAACGACACUCCAUUCCUAUUUCGCCAAGACCAGGCCCUUUUUUUAGGUAGAAAGUUGUAAAUGAGCAAGGUUAACUUUUCUCCGUUCAUCGCCGAUCUGUUGCUGUCUCCUUUCGCUGUCAUGUCCCAGCUUCGUUAGUUAAUUAGCUAGACUCUGUUAGCGUUAAAUAAGUAAAAGCUGUAAGCCCGCUGGGGCAUUUGUUUC